GCUGAACUACUGCGCAACGCUUAUUAAAAUCUCUAAUAUAUGGAAUUUUAAGAAUAAUCUGGUUUACGAUAUGAUAAUGAAAGAAAAAAAAAAUUAAAGCAUUAAAUGAAAGAUUGCAAUAUAGGAUAAUUUUAAGUUAGAAUCAAGAAAGCAAGAAAUAUAAAAUCAAGUUUCGCAUGCGCAGUAUUCCAGUCAUUACUUUCACCAUACCUAGACAUCGAAGUUAAAACAUGUAAACAUGAUGUGUUUUUGAUAUGCUCAUUUUCAUUAAAGACCAAUUUUUUUAAUAUUAAUAUAAUUGUUCAAUUUAAAAUUUCUCCAUUUAUUGUCACAUUAUUUUUUCCUGUUAUUCAAGUCAAGUAUUUAAAAAUAUGCUUCGUUUAAUUCGUAAUCUAAACCUACUUCGUGCAGUUAACUCAGCGAAUGUUUAUAAUGUGCAAGUAAGAUGUUCUUCCGAUUCAAGAAAAGACAAUGAAACUGAUCAUCCAGACAAAAAAAAUGAAAUCAGUAUUUCAGGAUUGGCUCAAGCACUUGGAAAAUUUCGUGAACUUGAGAAAUCAGAGGGCAAAGUGGAAUCUCCCCCAAAACCGCAACGAAGUUUUCUAAAUUUACUUAGACAUUCAGAAUUUGUACAAAUGGGUGACCCUCAUGGUAAAGUAGUUGUAGGUAAAAUUUUUCAAGUUGUUAAGACUGACUUAUAUAUAGAUUUUGGUGGGAAGUUUUAUUGUGUUUGCCGCAAGCCAAAGAAAAAUUCUGAGUUAUAUGUCAGAAAUGCUGAAGUCAAGCUGCGAAUAAAUGAAUUAGAAUUAUGUGCUCGAUUCUUAGGGGCUGUUGAAGAUUUGACCUUGUUAGAAGCAAGUGCAACUUUGAUAGAAUUAGUUUCAACACCAGUUAGCUCAGAUGCAGCAAGUAGACUACGUAAAAAUAAUUAAAUAAUGUGUAAUUCUGCCUAUACUACUGGUAAUAAAUACUUGAUAUGCCUUUUAA